AUCUUAUUUAGGACAGCUUUUUAAUUAAGAUAGUACGUAGCUGCGAAAAUGUAGCUCUAAGGUCCUUUUAAUUUUGUCCGCAAAUAUCAAAAUCAUCAAAAGGACAUUAAGAGCUACGUUUUCGCAGCUAGAUAGUCCGGUGAUGGUUGUGACCAAGUUUACUUAACUUGUGCUCUGUAUGGUUUCAGAGGAGAUGAUGUUGGAAAAGGUUAAUGGACGAUGAAUGACAGGCGACGGACACCAAGUGAUGGCAAAAGCUAAAAUGAAUACAAAAAUGUCUGAUUUAUUACAAAUUAACCUUUGUUGGUAACGAUCGUUAAGACGAUACAUGAGGGAAAUGGCUAUAGCUAUACAAAUUUAAAGUAGCUACAGUAUAUCGCCAGCAAUUUCUUCAUUUGACCAUUAAAAUAUCUCCCCCGACAAUCCUUUCUGAACAUUCUGGAUGCUAGUUCUGCUAGACUAUUUUACAGGAGCGUGUCAUAAAAGUUCAGACACAGACAGUCACAACAAAGUAUAGGCGCUAGCGCAUGGGAUAUUAUUGGGAAUGGAUUGAACAUGGAGGAAGUACAUCUAUCAAGGAUCUCACUAAAAUGUGCUUUUAAAGGAAGGUCUGAAAGGGUAUAUUCCUUGUGAAACAGUUGUAAUUUUUUCUAUUUUUCAUAUUAUUGCCCAUAAUUCUCUAUUUGUUCUAUUCUCUAGCUGUUGCCCAUUAUGUCGUUGUUUGAUUAUAUUUUAGCACAACAGUUGUAUAAUUUGCCCAAGAUUUCUCUAUUCUAAAAACACCAUCCAGACCCAAUAAAGAUAACGACACGAUACGAGAAAUACACUAUAAGAUAUUUACAGUGUGUAUAUUUUCAUUUAUUUAUUAGACACAUCUGUUCCCUAAUGCGCCUCAAACUUUCUGACAUGGUUUAACGAUUAACAGAUAUUUGAUAUAGAUGUAUAAAAUAUUUGAAAUAUUAUCUCAUUUAUGAAUCAGUUUGAUCCUCCCAAAGAUGUCGAGUUCUGUGAUUGUGUUGGAUAAUGGUUCAGGAACAUGCAAAGGUGGAUUUGCCGGAGAGGACAAACCGUCGGCUAUCAUUCCAACUGUCGUGGGUUAUCCAAAGGAUGAGUUUAAUAAGAAAGAAUCCACAUUUAUUGGAGAGGAUGCAUUACAUAAACAAGAAGGUUUAUUAUUGAAGUAUCCAAUACAUAGAGGAAUAGUGGACGACUGGGAUGACAUGGAGAAAGUGUGGGAUUUCAUGUUUACAUCAGCACUGAAAGUAAAUCCGAAGGAGCAUGCUUUGUUGGUGACUGGAAGUGCAGAAGAUAAUACGAAAAACAGAAAUAAAAUGUAUGAAAUUUUAUUUGAAAAGUUUCAGGUUGCGGGCAUGCAGAUUGCAGUCGAUGCUGUUCUCUCACUUUGGGCCUCUGGUAGAAAAACCGGAAUUGUUUGUAGUUGCGGUGACUCACUUAGUCACGUUGUUCCAAUCUAUGAAGGGGUCUUGCUUUCGGAAGGGAUGACAAGCUUAAAUUUAGGGGGUAGAGAUUUAGAUAGCUGUCUAGCUCAACUUUUAACAGAGAAAGGAUAUUCUUUCAUACCUCAGGAAGAAUACGCAUCGGCCUUAUUAAAAGAUGUCCGAGAAAAACAUUCUUAUGUGAGUUUGGAUUUCGAAAAGGAUAUGACCUUGUCCGAUUCAUCGCUUGAACAAAACCAUACUUUUUCCGAUGGAAAGAAAAUAGUACUAGAUAAAGAGCGUUUCAGAUGUACAGAGCCAAUAUUUGAACCUGAGCUUAUUGGUAUAGAGACCCCUGGUUUACACGAUUUAGUAUACAACAGUAUAAUGAAAUGUGACAUGGAUGUGCGCAAAGACCUUUAUCACAACGUGGUUCUAGCAGGAGGAGUCACAUUGACACCUGGUUUUGGAGACAGACUCAAAAAUGGCCUUGCAUCGCUAGCUCCUCCGUCUAUAAAGAUUCAAAUCUCUGCGCCUCCAGAUCGUGCUUUCUCUGCGUGGGUUGGAGGGUCCAUUGUUGCCGCGUCUGAUGCAUUUUCAAAUCAGACAUUGUCACUUCAACAAUAUAAAGAGGGUGGUUUAGAUAAUAUUCCUUUGUUUUCUGGAAUAUUCUAAGAAUUUUGGUUACGUCGGUAGAACUAAAAUGAUGAAGAACAACAGUAAAACGCAAAUACCAAUGUACAUCCAACCUAUCAUCUUUUGUGGUACGUUAAUAGUACAGUUAAAGUGUAUGUAAAAUAUAUUUAUCUAUUUAUAAAUAGUUGUGCAUGUUGUUAAUAAUUAUACUAUACCAUAUUUCAAUAUAACGUGGCUUCAUCCGAAACUGCAAUUUGUGAACAAUAGAAGUUUAAUAUUUUGUCCUGUAUAUUUUAUGUUUGUAAAUAUUUUUCUUUCUUUUUGUACACAGAACACUUUAACAUAUAAAAUACAUAGUUUUAUACAUUGUACUUCCUUAAAUAAAUUGUUUUUAGAAA